AUGAGGACGAGUAUCAUGCAGCCCAGCCAUGCAUGGGCUCGCACGCACACCACGCAGUCUCCGCACGCCACUGCCGCGUCGUGUCACCAUUGGCAGCCAGUCACGGCCAUCCAUCUUGGUUUGGGGAGAGCCAUUGGCAGGCAACGGACCACAUGUGCCUUUUACCUUCUCCUCUUCGGCUCUACUGGCGAUCAAGAGAACGCCGCGGGGAAGAAGGGGCAGAGCGGCAAGAAGGGGUGUGAUGGAGGGUGUCCCGGCCAGCUGGAGAUCAAUCUUCUAGAAUUUUUCUCUUUCGCAAUUGGCGGCUCGGGACGUGUGGGCUUACCCCGAGUUGCGCCCUGGCUGGUGCCCAGUCUCUCACACUACUUAGCCGCCAUGCUUGUAUUAUCUCCUCAAGCAUUGCCAUCUUUUGAUACUCCCAGGAGCACUAGCAAAGAGGAACGGUUCGGAGGAUGCGCUACCGUCCAAACUGUGGUCUUGGGUGUCUGGCAAGGAUGCUGGCAGGCAGUGGCCAGUGGUCCGUGGGCAACAUGCAAUAUGCAAUGGCCAACGGACAAUGGACUUGGAGAACGUCAACCGUCGCCGCCGGCCACCGGUACAAUCACGAUCCUGGCGCCCCAACCGCGUUUCUGGGCCGCUGCAUCUCGAUCUUCUGACCAGAUAAUAUGCAGUGAGAGUAAGCAGACGAACGCACCAGAUACCUCUGGGUUUGGUCUGUCUGCGGCCUCUCAUCCUUCUGUUUGUCCGGCUGCCGAAUAUGGCAACGUCGUGACGGGCAGCGUUUUGCCGUUGCAGGGCUGA